CCGCCGUUGAGCGAGCAUCAGAGAAGCGGCUGCUUUCGCAGUGGUCGCGCGCGAGUCUCGUUUCCUGUUCCUCAGUGGUGCCCUCGCGCGGCGCGUGAGCGCGCCGCCUCCGUCGUCUGCUAUCGUCGUCUGCGAGACGCGCGUGCGUGUUCUUGUGUGUUGUGCAUGGAGGAGCGCUGCUGCUCGCCGAGCCAAGACGAAGCCUGCGCUCUCAGCUGUUUCAGUUCGCCGUCGUCGCCCUCGUCAAACGGCGUUGUACUCGUCGUCCUUCGUCAACGGCCCCUGCACGCGUGAGAAGCGAGUGGCGGCUUCUGCGAGGGCUGCGCGCAACGAAACGUCCCGCACAAGGGCGUCCUGAGCCACGAUCUCGCACAGCCGACCCGACGCCCGCCCAGGUGCAGCGGGUCUUCGUCGCGGGACGCCGCUGCGCGCGCUUGAAGCAGCCGAGCGGCACGCAGACGACUCUGCGGGAGUAGCAGAAGUGGCCGCCGUGUGAGACCAGCGAGGAGCCUGUGUUCCGUGUCGGUUAUUCGCCCGCCGGACGCGAUCCUGUCAGAGUCGGGAAGCGUCUCUCAGUCGUCGUCGGCACGGUUGACGCCGACCCCUCAUGUUGCUGGUGCCUCUGGUUCCCGUGCAAAGCGACGACGAAUAGAUGCGUCCCGGCUGAGCAGCAUUCACAGUGCGCUCCAGCUCGAUCGCUGGCUGAAUCCGCGCGCGCCUCUGCUCCUUUCGUUUUGCGACGCAGCGUUCCGAGACCCAUCAACAACAUGCGCUUCACGCGGCUGGCUGCACAGCUGAGCGGCGGCGGCCGCGUCACUCCGCACCUGCCUUCGUCUCGCGUCGUGUUCGUUAUUCUCCUCGCGUCGUCGUGCGCAGUGUUUACGACGGCAGCCGAUGACGACGGUGUCUCCUCGUCGUCGUCUUCGCAUCAUCAUAACGACGACCUCGACAUCUCGUCGUGCCCGCCGGACAACCAGUGCGACACGAAGAAGUGGUGCUCGGCGAUCGCCGCCGUGCACGGUGCAGCAGACGACAAGAGGGCUGCGGCAGCAACAGCAGACGACGACGAGUACGAUCACGGAGUCAAGUGUUUGGACGAGCAGGUCGUGGAUCGGUGCGGUUGCUGCCGCGAGUGCGUGCGCGGCGCGCCGGGCCUGCCUUGCGGCGGAAUCCGGCGCCGCGGUGUUUGCGCGGCGCCCCUCGAAUGCCUCGCCGACGUCGCCGUCGGCAGGAUCGCCGAGCCCCACGAGGAAGGCACCUGUCACGAGCGCAACUGCUCGGCCAUCGUGUGUCCCGCACCGGUGUCCAAGCCGUGUCCAGAGGACAGCUACGCCCUUCCGUCGCAGGUGUCGCCCAAGAGCUGCUGUCCCAUCAGCGGAGGGUGUGCCUGUCUCCCCAACGAUUGCCUUGGAAAGGACUGCCAGCCAGACGAGGUGCGCCGCCUGGUAAAAACUGGGAACAGCAAGCCCGGUUCCUGCUGCGACACCUAUGAGUGCGUCCCCGCCAGCGGAGACCGCGUGUGUCACGUGGGCAAGGAGACGUACAAGAACGGCGAGACCUGGCACACCAAGUGCAGUACCUGCUCGUGCCGCAAUGGUGUCGCCGUGUGCAACGACAACGUCUGCAAGGGCGUCGACAUGCACUGCUCGUGGCUGCACAAGCCCGAAGGGGAAUGCUGCCCCGUCUGCCUCGGCUGCCUGACUUCAACGGGAUUGCGCUUCAACAACGGCGAACGGUGGAAGGACGACGACUGCACCUGGUGCGAGUGCAUAUCGGGCAAGGCCAAGUGCGAGGCACAGAUGUGCCAAACCAAAUGUGCCAAUCCGGUCAAGAAGCCCGGCGUCUGCUGCCCUGUCUGCGAAAAAUCACCAUCAUCAUCUUACCCAACCCAUGGCGCCAACCACACGAGCUUGUCUCGGUCGUGUCCGCGAGACGAUCGAAGCGUGUGGAGAGAUCAGUGCCGCCAUUGCGCUUGCCUGAAUGGUCACGAGGUCUGCUCUCUCGUGGCCUGCCCGCGAACCUACUGCGAGCACCCCAUCAUGGAUCCCGGAGCCUGCUGCCCCGUUUGCCAGAACGAUGCUGCCAGCCCAUUCCACUGGCCGCCAGCGGGCACUGGCGUAUGCCAGGGCCUCGACGGCCACGUUCACCGUGAAGGAGACAGCUGGUGGCUGGAUGACUGCGUCCGCUGCGAGUGUGUGGACGGCAUGGCCCUUUGCGACACCAUGCAAUGCCCUCCAGCACCAUGCGCCAAUCCAACAAGGAAACAGGGACAAUGUUGUGCCACCUGCACAGAAGAGGAACAACUGGGCAGCAACCAGUCCAACCAGCUUCCAUGUGCGGGCGGAUACAAAGAUGGCCAGUCAUGGCGUCCGGAGCCUUGCCUGAGCUGCCUGUGCCGGGCCGGCAAGGAGCGCUGCUUCCGAGAAACCUGCCCACCUCUCGCAUGCUUGGAGCCACUCUUUCUGAAGAAUCAUUGCUGCCCCAUCUGCCCAACAGCAGCUACGUCUUCCAAGGCCUCCCCAGUCUGCAGAACUGAUGGGAAGGUGUACGCUGACGGGGCAUCCUGGUCUCCCGACAACUGCAAGCGCUGUCACUGCACGCUGGGCCAGGUGCAGUGCUCCGAGAUGGGCUGCCCUCCGAACAUGUGCCGAUCGGCCAACCACACGUCGGGGAGCUGCUGCAUACCUUGCUCAUCUGACGGAGCAGUUCGGACGCCUGCCCAGUGGCAAUGCACACGGGGUGGGCUGGUGCUCGCCGACGGGGAGCAGCGCGUCAUCGACAACUGCAACCGCUGCGAGUGCAGUCGCGGACACCUGCACUGUCAGGAGACCGUCUGCCACCAGGACCUGUGCCGGGCCCACAACCACAGCUCUGGAAACUGUUGCGUGCAGUGCGCUGAACUGGAUCAUUACAUCAAAAGCACCGGCAGUGAUGUGGUUGGCUACGUGAUCGCAAUUGUGAUCUUGGUCACCAUCAUCUUGGUGCUCACGUGCGGGGCUUGCUUUUGGAGGAGAAGAAGCACCAGGCCGUUCAACAAGCCCAAGCCGCAACAUUACCAGAAGACCGCGAACGGCUAUGUCUGAGAAGCUGACAUCAGCAGCUCCAUGUCCCGACUCCGUGUCAUUUCCUGGCACUUCCACCCCUCCACCCCCCUACUUCCCCCAGACACUCCUGGUCUUUUUCUUCAAGUGCGUGCACUUUGUGAUAUUGAGUAUUUAUGCCAAAGCUGGCAAGAAGGACCAGAACUAUAGCAGCGACCCGAAGGUUCCCAACCCCUGUGCGGCAAGGGCCGCGUCAUGACCUUGUCAGGAGAAGUGCUUCGUGACCUUGUCAAGGAAAUUGAAUUGUGGUCUUGUCAAGGGGAAAACAGCGCCACGACCUUGACAAGAGGACUAUGUCACGACCUUGUCAAGAGAACUGUGUCACAACCUUGUCAAGACGACUGCGUCACGACCUUGUCAAGACAACUGCGUCACGACCUUGUCAAGGGAGCUGCACCAUGACCUUGUCAAGAGUGUCACGACCUUGUAACGGGAACUGCAUCACGACUUUGUCAAGAAAACUGCAUCAUGACCUCGUCGAGAGAAUCGUGCUGUGUCAGAUCCCCCAUUUGUGCUAAGACUUUCAAAUGCGAUCUGUGGCACAGACUGCUUUGGCAGAGGAGUGAGUGAGGCACCAUGACAUAUCCAAGAACAUGUGACAGACUAUAAAAGUGUAUGCUGUGGUGAAAGGAACAGUGAAAGAUUUUUGGUUUUGGACAGCGAGGCAGUUCAGUGGCUUGGUGGAAUCCAGUUUACUAUAUGUGCACGUGUGACUGUAUUGUUGUAUUGUGCCGCUUGCAUUUUGAAAAGAGUUCUGUGCACUUUCUCGAAGUAACAGAAACAGGAGCGCAUUGUGUACCCUACUUGUGUAGAGGAUGUGUAGCCAAAAGGCAAUCCACGAAAUGACUCUGUGCCAUAACAGGCAGACAGGUGAUGUUUGUCUUGAGUGGAUCACUAAGAUGUAUGAUCUCGCGUACACUGCUUUGACUAUUUUAUCCCAAAGGAGGUAAAAUACCUGUGUGUGUUCUUCCAGCACUUUUCUGUCACUAAAAAUACAUGCAGUUUUUGCAAGUCCUGCAAAAACGUGCAAGGUGGAAGAAAAAAAAAAAUGGGUAAUAGCGUAAUAGCCCAGCGUAACAGCGUAAUAGCCCAUGCUUUCUUUUGGGUCAGCAGAUCGCAUGCAGCUUGAAGCAGUGGAUAUUACAAUAAGAAACUUUUCACAAGCUUGGUUUGCACUAUUGAGUAGUGAAAAGCCUGAAUACGUCUUUUGUUUCCUUGCUUCACAAUUACUGAAGACCAUAGAGGCUUUCAGUGACAAAGUGAAGAAUAUAAAGACAUUGUACAUAUAUGAAUUAUUGUCAACAAAGUUACAUCUGCAGCGCCAAUGCAAAAAAAGUUUAGAGUUAAGUGAAAAAAAAUGUGUUCGUGUUGAAGUCAUGUGCUUUCGUCAGUGUUAUGCCUAACUGUAACUUCAGUACACUCCCUUUAAUUUUAAAUCUGUAGAGCUGAAUAUGGGGACGUCUGUGUAGUUCGGGGACAUUUGCAAAGUUUGGAGACGAUUGCAUAUUUUCCUCGAGAAGAAACUUGAAGGAAAUUCGUUAACACAAAUGAUUUGUUUCAUGUCUGUUUUUUAAGGCAAUUUCUUUGAGAAUCCAAGGAUAACUCUCAAAGCAUUCAGCUGCAUUUUUUUUCUGUCGGUUCAUUUUUUGUUGUUUAAUAACUGUGCAGACGAGCAGGAAGAUAAGCUUGUCAGUGCAUUGGUCUGCACAUGGAAUUGGGUGCAGUGGAAGAAAGAAAUAAGAUAACAAAAAAUAAAUCCAACAGUGCUCCAAUGCCUUGCUGCCAUCAGCAUGCAAUGGCCUGAGAACUUAGAAACUAUAUGAAUGCAUCUUUGCAUUUUGACUGGAGCAUGAGAAUAUUGCAGUAAAUUGGUUACACAUUGUCCCGUGUAACUUAAGAACAGAGCUCACAUUGAAAAAGCCUAGUUUAUACAAAAUCAUUCACUCAUUAGUCAGUCACAUUACUGCCACCAGCAACAACCAGUAUAAUUACAAGACCGCAUUGGCUGGUCGAGAUGGUGAAUAGAUAAGAGGAGUUAUAGGAAUAUGGAUCCCAAGUUUUGCAUAAAGAAGGAACAGAAGACUAGCUGCAUGGUUAACAGCUGCUGUAAGCACAGCGCAAGACUUCUUAAAUAUUUCAUUGCAGAGUGCCUAACAAACAACAUUUUGCAAGGCUCUCUGCACUUAUGGUUAUAAAUUUGCUGGUUAAUAAAGUAGCAUGCAUUCAAUUUCAAUAGCAUUACCUGAGUAUCAGGCCUUCCUCUAAAACUGAAUUUUCGCUAUGUCGAGACAAAAUUCACUUAAACCUCAUCACGUUGAUCUUAAUUGGGGAGUGUACUGCACAGUUACCCCAUAUGCUGGGAAACCCUACCUUGUGUGCAACAGUUUGCUCUUAAUAUGGUUUCUAGUGUUACGGAACAGAGGUAAGUUAAACCUCGAUGUAACAAAGUUGUACAAAUUUGAACUUUACUUUGCUGCAUCAAAGCUUUAUCACAUCGAAAUACCCUAUAUAUGUCUAUACAUUUCAAAAACUUCUUUUUCUAACAAAUUCAUGCAUACCCAUUUACAGUUCAACCACGUGUGAGCGCGCCAUUGCUCUCAAUACUUUCCAUGUAAUGCCUCAAUCUUACUGAAAUAACAGACAAGCACUGUUAGUUAAUUGAGGCGAAAGAGAUGCGAUGCAAGUUUUAUAUUGUCGACAUCAAGUUACAAAAAGCGAGAUGAUUCAUUACACUGGAACUUGUUGCAUCGAGGUUUAACUGAAUUUAUAAACUUUUGGUGUCACACUUGCUGCAGAGAGCGGUUAGUACCUUGUAAAGUUUUUAGCAUAGUGUGUGAUGUCAUAGUUGCCAACCCUGGUCUGCUGUUCUGGACGGUACUGUGCAUGUUUAGCAAGACCCAGAACGGAGUGGCAGUGCGACACAUUUUCUUUUUAUGAAGCAGGCAGCAAGAAGAGCAUCGAGCAGUACUGUCUGUUCAAAAACAUGGUUUUAUGAAACGAGUAGAAGACAGAACCUUGUUCGUGUUUCCAUUCCUCCAGAAUGCUGUGGAAUUUUUUUUUUCUUUUAGCAGAUGCACAACUUGUAUAUUUAUGACUUUUUUUUCUGUUGUGUGAUUUAUUGACUGUGCACCCAUGUGUGUGACAGACGAAAAAGACGUGGAGCGAGAGCUUUUCUUCCUCCUCCUCGGCUCGGUGUUGGCCACAAAUAAAAUCUGAACAUUUUACUGUACAA